AUGAGUUUACCGUCGGGCGUGGAUAUGCAGAAUCUAAUGUCCCAGCAUCCAGUGUUGGGCGCUCUGCCGCCCGCCUUCUUUCUGCGCGCCGCCUCGGAGCGCUAUCAACGUACUCCCAAAUGUGCGCGCUGUCGCAACCAUGGCGUGGUCAGCGCCUUGAAGGGUCACAAACGCUAUUGCCGCUGGCGGGAUUGCGUCUGUGCCAAGUGCACGCUCAUUGCGGAGCGUCAACGUGUGAUGGCCGCACAGGUUGCCCUGCGUCGUCAGCAGGCGCAGGAGGAGAACGAGGCACGUGAACUGGGUCUGCUGUACACAUCGGUGCCCGGUUCGGGGCAACAGAAUGGCAGCGACAGUGUCACGCCCACCUCACACAGUCCACCACAUGGUGGCGGCAAUGCAGCCGCCGGAGCUGGCAAUGCUGCCACACAGAAUGGCGUUUUCCAUGGCGGCAUUCCGUCGCCACCUAGCGAUGGCUAUGAGGCCAGCUCCACGCCCGGUCACCAUCAGCAGCAUCAGCAUAAUCAGCAUAAUCAGCAUCAGCAUCAGCACCAACAUCAGCGACAGUCGACGCAACAUUACAAUGGCAAUGAAUCCGACACGGAUGGACGCACACGAUCUGAGCACCUGAGCGUCGGCUUCUCACCCACGCGCACCGAGCUGGACGAGAGUCCUGUUUCCAAGCGCGGCGCCGCUCUCUCGAAUGAAACCGAUCCGGACACGGGAUCGGAAUCCGGCUCACCCAGCAGCCCGAGGCCCAAGGGCGCCGGCCUAUUCAAUUUGACCUCUAGCCUUUCACCUGCCCGCACCGGUCCGCCCAGCUCACCCGAGUCCGAUCUGGAUGUGGAUUCCGCUCCCGACGAGGCCACACCUGAGAAUCUGAGCCUCAAGAAGGAGGACAGCAACUCGCCGCCAAACACGCCCGCCGAGAAUUUGCAUCUGUUGCGCUCCUUUGGCAAUGGACAUGCCCAGGGCUUUAUGCCAUAUCAUCACACGCAGUUCCUGGCCGCCGCUGGACUUCCCGCCCAUCAUCCGGCAGCGCAGUCGCAGCUGCAGUCCCAGCAUUUGGCACAACAUGCGCAGGCUCAGCAUCAGCAGCAGCAUCAGCAACAGCAGCGUUCCCCCAUCGAUGUCCUCAUGCGUGUCUUUCCCAACCGACGGCGCAGCGAUGUGGAGCAGCUGAUGCAGCGCUUUCGCGGCGACGUGCUCCAAGCCAUGGAGUGUAUGCUGGCUGGCGAGGAUUUGACGCAGACACCGCCGCCGCCGCAGGUGCCACCCUCGCCGCCGUUCCCCAUGAAGUCCGCCUUCUCGCCGCUGGUACCGCCCGCGGUCUUUGGCUCACCCACUCAUCCGCAUCGCUAUCAUCCGUUCAUGCAGGCGCAUGCCAAGCGCUUCCUCUCUGCCCCCUAUGCCGGCACUGGUUACCUGCCCGGAGUGUUGAGCACACCCGAUAUCGAGCAAUCCGAAUCGAAUGGCGCCGGUGGCAUUGCCAUGGAUCGCAGCAGCAAUGCAGGCGACUCUCAGGAUUGAGGCUCCAGCAACAGCAACGCCAAUGCCAGCGGUGUUGUCGUCUUCCGACCCUUUGAGCCCUAGCUGAAAGCCACAAGCCAUAUGGAUUAGGUAUAUUGUAAACAUUCUUCUAGAGAAAUCGCCGAAUCUUAGCCUAGCAAUUGGUUUUCAUUAUUGUAGUUCGUAAGAUCCUUGUAUGCGAUUGUAACUCUAGCUAUACUCUUAUCCUAGAAUCUAUAUAUCCCCAUAUGUAUGUAUGUAUGUAUGUAUGUGUACCCAGCGAAUCACCCUCUAAGCAUAACUGUAAAUUGUAUACCCGGCAUGUUUAUCACUCAGAAGUAUUGUACCAUAUGUUAAGAGCUCUAAGAUACGAUUAGAUAAAAUUAAACCUAUUGAGAUUAUUGUGUAAAGAACCACAUAUAAAUAUAUAUAUAAUUAUUGAGAUACCUAUGUAUAUGUACCAUAUACCAUAUAAAUAUAUCGUACUAUGUAUUAGAUAAUACAUUU